AGAACAAAAAAUUUUGGCAACUGUCAAAUUACACGAUUCGAUUUUAGUAAAAUUGAGCAAAAGUUCGUUCCCACAUUUUAUCCGUUUGGCGACGGCAGCUAAUUUUUAUAAUAUUAUUCAACCCCUCAAAAUGUGUUAAUUGUGUUGGUGUUAUGUGUGAUUAUUAAUAUUAUUCGUUUUUUGUUGAGUUUGAAGGCGUCGCGAAUAUGUUUUAAUUUUACGCACAAAAUGAUAUGGACUGUGGAUAUUUCAUUGAUAUUACGAUGAAGGGUGGUUUAUGUGUUAUCUACACGUCGUUGCUGACAAUUUCAGUGCUAUCCAGUUGUGCUCUCUUCAUUUUGGUGGUUUCGGAGGCUCUCCAAGGUGAGGGCGGUGUCGAUACGAAAGUAGACCUAUCAGGACUGCAUAAUGUCAGUCAGAAAGUGGAGGUUGGUGAGGAGGAAGUGCCAGGAUCUCAGCUGUCCCCUGAGGCCCAGUUGGAUGAAGACCAGACGAAGGAGGACCAUGAGAUGAUAAUUGCGGAGACAUUGUCUCUUAACUCAGUGACAACAGAAGGGUGAGUAAUAAUAAUAACUUCUUAUUUAUUAUUAUUACUGCAGCUACCAGUGAAAGUGAACAGUUCUAUUCAUUGCCUUCACUGGCCUUCAGUUUUUUGUACACAAUCAUUUGUUUUUGUUCAACUAUUUGUAACUUGCAUUCAUCAUUCAAUGGCUUAAAAAUAAAUCUUUAGUUUCUCACACUACCUUCUUAAACUAAUGUGCUAAAAAUGGUUAAAAUAUAAAUAAAAUCUUAUUCUUAAUCAAUGUAAAAGUGUUACACUAAUUAGAAAUUUGGUGAACAAAUUGCUGCAUGACUUGUGAUGUUACUUGCACAUAAGUGGAAACAGGAGCAAAUCACAAUAAGAUACAAAUCAUGCAAUUAUAUUGCCAUAUUCAUCUGUAACGAAUGAUAUCUUUGUUUAGUUGAUUCUUCAUUGAUUGUUGAUAAAGAACCGAUUAAUUAAAGG